CUCUCCACCUCACACACACAGCGAGCCUUCUUUUCUAUCCACCCCACACACACACACAGCGAGCCGCCCCCCCCCCCCCCCUUAUGCUCUCCCCAAUCACACGCUUGUCUUAUACCUUAAACACAACAGUUUAUUUUUAACAGUCAGUAAAUUUUACUACCUAUGCAACAGUCUGACCUAAAAGCUUCACACGUCUUAAAUUAAAGCUCCACGCACUUAAAAUUAAAGCUUUGCGUGGCUACAAUUAAACCAGCCUUAGUUUUAGCUGCACAGAGGUUAAUUUUUAGCUGUGUAAAGCUAUUCAUUUCCUGGUUUUACCCCAAAAGUAUUUUAAUACAGUUUCUAAAGUCCUGGGUUUUCUGCUUCUGUGGGUGAGGCAGUGUGUGGUAAUAGCGGCGCCGCUGCAGCAGGGGGCGGUACAGGCCGCAGCCGAAGUCCGGGAGAAGCGUCACCUCCGCUGUGAGGCGCGUGUUUCAGUGUUUUAGCGCAGUUCCGACGCUCAUCUCUCCGCCGUUGCUGCUUCUGCUGCUUCUGAACAUCCCGCGCUGAUUAAACAUGAGUAAAGCUCAUCCUCCAGAGCUGAAGAAGUUUAUGGACAAGAAGCUGUCAUUAAAGCUUAAUGGUGGUCGGCAUGUCCAAGGUAUCCUCAGAGGAUUUGACCCCUUUAUGAAUCUGGUGGUGGAUGACUGCUUAGAAAUGUCCCCAGGGGGACAACAGAACACCAUUGGCAUGGUGGUGAUCAGAGGAAACAGUAUAAUUAUGCUGGAGGCUCUUGAGAGAGUUUGAGCAUGAAGAACUCCCAAGUCCCACAAUCCCUCACCUCAAGGAUGUGCCCCUUUUUGUUUUUGUUAGUAAACAACUGAAAACGUGUAAUAUCUUUGCAAUGUAUGAGUGAUAAGGUGUUGUUUUUAGACACCUUUAAUCUGAUUUUGUUUGUUUUUGAUAUGGUGAACCUUUUGUCAAUAAAUUAGAUAUGAAAAUAA